AUGGCGGGGGUGGAGGCGGAGAUCAAAGACAUCAGCAAGAAGCUGGACAUCAUCCUCGACAUGAUUGACGGCAUCAACAAGUGGCGCCCCACGGUCGACACCGCCGUGGACGAACUGUCCAGGGUCGUCGGGAAGCUCACAUCGCGCGUGGAGGCGUUGGAGCAACCAACUGCUCAAAUCCAACCUCCGAAGGUCCCGAUGCGCGAGGAAGAGGGACGGGCCAGCGGCCACCGCAUCGAAUCCAGUUACCAGGGGUCUGCUGAUAGGGCCCUUGUCCCUAAGCAUCCCCUGGUCAAGGGUGAGCAAUCGUAUCCCCUAUCCAGAAACUUCGUUGAGUUUGGUGAUUCCAUUGGCAAGCCUUAUACUCCACAUCAUACUGGGUCAUCAAGCUAUAAUUUCAGGAUGCCUAAAACUGCUUUUCCUAGUUUUGAUGGUGAUAACCCAAAAUGGUGGAAAGAUAGAUGUGAAAAAUAUUUUGAUAUGUAUCACAUUCCUUAUCAUGCUUGGGUUGGGUUUGCUUCUAUGCAUUUUGUGAAAGGGGUUGCUUAUUGGUUCCAAACUUAUGAGGCUAUGCAUAGGAUUGAAACUUGGCCUGAAUUAGUAGUGGCUGUGUUUGACAAGUUUGGCAGAGACCAAUACCAAAAACUGAUGGAUGAAUUGCUUCAUAUUAGACAACUUAGUACUGUGGAAGCAUAUCAUAUUAAGUUUGAUGAGUUGCAGCAUAGGGUGUUAGUACAUAAUGGUAAUUUAGAUGACACAUUUUUUGUCACUAGAUUCAUGCAAGGGUUAAAAGAGGAAAUCAGUUCUGUUAUCAAAUUGCAUAAACCAAAAAAUGUUGAUACUGCUUUAGCACUGGCUAUCACACAGGAGGAAAUCAUGACAGCUCGAGAUAUGUACAAGAAGAAGUCAUAUUACAAGCAGGAAGCUAAAGAACCUUACAAGAGGGACUUCAAGUUGCUAGAUACAGCCAAGGGCUUAUUGGGGGAAGCUCCAAGUGAAUCUGGAACUACUGAAACCAAAACAUCACUGAAGAAACCAGAAAGGAAAUUUGAUUCCUUGAAGGCCAUGUUGAGAGCAAAAGGGCUUUGUUUCAAGUACAGAGAAAAAUUUGGACCAAAUCAUAAGUGUCCAGACAAUGUCUCACUUCACAUUGUGGAAGAAAUGUGGGAAGCCUUACAGCUGGACCAGGAAGGACAAGAAACACUCACCUCUGACAAUUCUUCUGAUUCUGAUGAGAUUUUGAUGAAUUUAUCUAAGGUAGCUCAAGAGGGGACAACACACAAGAAAACCAUGAGGUUGAUGGGCACUAUACAUAAUCAAAAGGUCCUCAUAUUAAUUGAUUCAAGCAGUUCUAACACCUUUAUCAGCAAGAAAAUGGUACAAUAUUUGGGAUGCCCAAUGCAGGCAAUCACUACAGCUCAAGUGGUCAUAGCAGAUGGAACCAAAUUGACAACUAAUAUGGUAAUUAAAAAUCUGGAAUGGUACACUCAGGGUUACACUUUCACCACUGAUAUGAGAGUAUUGGACAUCAACUGUUAUGAUAUAAUAUUGGGAGUGGAUUGGUUAGCUGAGUUCAGUCCUAUGUGGGUCCAUUGGAAAAAGAAGCUAAUGAAGUUCACUCAUAACAAGCAAAGAGUUACUCUUAGGGGCCUCAGAGAUAAGAUCAAGCAAUGCUCCAUGAUUUCUGCCAAGAACCUUCAGCACAUUAUCAAAAAGAAAGAGCUAGCUCAGCUGGUGCAAUUGUGCAGGGUGGUGGACCAACAAACUGACCCAGCAAUCCCUGUGGAAGUUCAACAGCUCAUCCAGGAAAAUGCAACUAUAUUCCAAGAACCACAAACAUUACCACCAACCAGACCAAUAGAUCACACUAUACCAUUACUGCCUGGAUCCCAACCAGUGAAUCUGAAGCCAUAUAGAUAUUCCCCUCAAUUGAAAGAUGAGAUGGAAGUCCAAAUCAAAUACAUGCUGAGAAGAGGCAUCAUCCAACACAGUAAAAGUCCAUUCUCCUCUCUAGUGUUACUGGUUAAGAAGAAGGAUGGUACCUGGAGAUUCUGUGUGGAUUAUUGA